AUGCAGUUCCUCGCUGUUGCCGCUCUCCUUGCGGGUGCUGCCAUUGCUGUUCCCACUUCCAACACCGGCGGCAGUCCCAUUUGUCCCUCUGGUCUUUACAGCAAUCCCCAGUGCUGCUCGACUCUUGUUCUCGGUGUUAUCGGCCUUGACUGCGCUUCCCCUACCGAGACCCCUAAUGAUGGCCGAAACUUCCGGGAUAUCUGCGCAAAGUCCGGACAAAAAGCUGCCUGCUGCGUCCUACCUGUUGUACGUUUGGAACUCGGCCCAGUGAGCCUAUUCAAAACCAUGGCUUCAGUACUGACACCACCAUAA